AUGAAUGACCCCGCUAGUGACCUAGAGCUUCGUGAACUAGCCUCGGAGGACCUUGAGACGACAACAUCAAGCCUGUCGAUACUGUCAGAAAAACUCAAAGAAAGCUUGGUUCCCCGGCAUCCAUUUGCUGAACUUCCCUGUCUUAUCGAAAUCCGACCCGGCGCUGGCGGCGAUGAGGCCAGCCUUUUCGCCUCAGAGUUACUUCGCAUGUAUUUGGCAUUUUGUUCUCGUCGUGGAUUCAAAACAACAAUUCUCAAAAGGGAUAUCGAAGAUGGAUGUGGAGGUAAUGGUUCUGAGAAUCGUCUUUCUGAGGCCGUCCUGGAGGUCGAGACUGCUGGAAGCUAUGAUGUCCUUCGUACAGAAGCCGGAGUGCAUCGUGUACAAAGAGUUCCAGCGACAGAAACAAAAGGCCGAGUUCAUACUAGCGCUGUGAGCGUGAUGGUUCUACCUAGUCUUUCUGAGCUCGGAGAACAUGCACCCAACCUUGACGAUCCGAAUUCAGACUACUAUAUCAGCAUGCAGGACGUGCAAUUUGAGAAAAUGCGAGCCAGCGGCGCUGGCGGUCAACACGUUAACAAGACCGAAUCGGCCAUUAGACUUACUCAUACUCCAACGGGGACUAUAGUCUCUGUGCAGGACUCCCGCUCUCAACACGAAAAUCGUAGGAGAGCGUGGCAAUUACUUCGCGCCAAGGUCGCCCAACUCAGGCGUGAAGCUCGUGAGCAGGAGCUUGUUGAGCUCCGAAGGAGUGUCAUGGGAGGAGUUGCCAAGAUGGGCAGAGGAGAUAAGAUUCGAACGUAUAACUUUGGACAGAGUCGAUGCACAGAUCAUCGAAGCGGCAUCACUGUGUAUAAUUUAGGAGGUGUGCUCGAUGGAGAUGAGCAUCUUGGGGAAAUUAUGGAGAGUGUCCGGACUUGGCUUGUUAGCAAAGACCUUGACACCCUCAGUGCUGAGGAGCGACUCAAAUAA